CAUCACUGACGGCGACGCCCCGCAAGCCAAGCCACCAUCGCCGCCUCCCUCAUCGAUCCCACUAGCAGCUUGCUGCCACUUCCCCGACCCUCUCGAGUCUCUCUCGAUCUCUCCCCGUCCUUCCUGACCGAGGCGCCGGGCGUGGAGAGAAGGUGCGGCGGGCGGCGGCCACCGCGGGUGUCGGGCGGACGGACGGCUAAUGGGUACGGGGGGCGCGCGGGCGCCGGCACUGGCGCUCGCCUUGCUUCUCGCCUUCGCUCACGUCGCCGUCGUCGCGGCGCAGGACACCGAGCGGAUCGAAGGAAGUGCUGGUGAUGUGCUAGAAGAUGAUCCUGUUGGGAGGCUCAAGGUAUAUGUGUACGAGUUGCCCACCAAGUACAACAAGAAGAUGGUGGCCAAGGAUUCUAGAUGCCUCAGCCACAUGUUCGCUGCAGAGAUCUUCAUGCACCGGUUCCUAUUGUCUAGUGCAAUCCGGACUUUAAAUCCAGAAGAAGCUGAUUGGUUCUAUACUCCAGUAUAUACAACUUGCGACCUUACCCCAUGGGGUCAUCCCUUACCCUUCAAGUCUCCAAGGAUAAUGAGAAGUGCAAUUCAGUUCAUUUCCAAGCGUUGGCCAUACUGGAACAGGACAGAGGGAGCAGAUCAUUUCUUUGUUGUGCCUCAUGACUUUGGUGCAUGCUUCCAUUACCAGGAAGAGAAGGCUAUCGAGCGAGGAGUCCUUCCAUUGCUUCGCCGUGCUACUCUAGUCCAAACUUUUGGGCAGAAAGAUCAUGUCUGCCUAAAGGAAGGCUCCAUCACCAUCCCACCAUUUGCUCCUCCUCAGAAGAUGAAAACUCACCUUGUCCCCCCAGAAACCCCUCGUUCAAUCUUUGUCUAUUUCCGUGGUUUAUUCUACGAUACUGCAAAUGAUCCUGAGGGUGGUUACUAUGCGAGGGGCGCCCGUGCAUCAGUAUGGGAGAACUUCAAGAACAACCCACUAUUCGACAUCUCGACAGACCACCCACCAACUUAUUAUGAGGACAUGCAACGUGCCGUCUUCUGCUUGUGCCCACUGGGCUGGGCCCCAUGGAGCCCCCGUUUGGUGGAGGCUGUGGUCUUUGGCUGCAUCCCGGUGAUCAUUGCUGACGACAUUGUCCUUCCCUUUGCGGACGCGAUCCCAUGGGAGGAAAUCGGCGUCUUUGUGGCUGAGGAUGACGUCCCCAAGCUGGACACCAUCCUGACCUCCAUACCGAUGGAGGUGAUCCUUCGCAAGCAGAGGUUGCUCGCGAACCCAUCAAUGAAGCAGGCCAUGCUGUUCCCGCAGCCCGCCCAGCCCGGUGACGCCUUCCACCAGAUCCUGAACGGACUGGCGCGGAAGCUGCCGCACGGCAAGGACGUGUUCCUGAAGCCCGGGCAGAAGGUGCUGAACUGGACCGAGGGCCCCCGGGGUGAUCUGAAGCCAUGGUAGGCAUAGUGGCAUGGCAUCAUCCCCAUGGCUAGUGUUCUUGUGUAGACCAUACCAGUGAACCAAGAGAGGCAUCAGUGCCAAUGAUGCUGGUGAGUGAACCAAGCCAUAGCCGCUAAAUGUAAAGCUCCUUCAUGCUUCUUUCUGAGGCAAUGUGGCCUGCUUUCCCUGUAUGACAGUGCCUAUUUUGACCUUUAUUUAGUGUUAGCCUAGAUGGUGGCAAAUGUAAUGUAUGGCUGUUGUAGUAUACUGUAUGUAUUAUAUUAUAUGCUGUUACCGGUUUACCAUAGGGGAAAAUAAAGUUAACUCCAAUCCAGGAACCUGCAAAA